UGCCAUGUCAACUGCUCAAUAUAUGCAAAUAUAAACCCAAAGCCCAUGUUCUUCUUCAGAAUUCUAACAAAUCCAAUCUCAUUCAAGAAUUUCAUCGAACAUCUGGUGUCUUUUCUUCCUCCGAACAACAACGUUAGCGUGUCAGUGUGCCACGUAUCAAAAACUCGACCGACUGCCCACGUGUCCACCAUCCAAGUUGCCCACGACGAACACUUCUAAACCCCUGCAUUUCUUCCUUUAAACCCUCACAGAAACAAUUCAAAUCUCCAGUCCAAAACGACUCCGAAAUGCACCGUUUCAGGUCCUCUCUUCUCUCCCACCAUCGUUGCCUUCACAGCCUCCAAAACGCUGGUCCACUAUGCUCUCACUUAAAAUCCCGCUCUGUAAUCCGGUUUUCAGGACCCGACACCAUCAAAUUCCUUCAGGGUCUUUUAUCAAACGAUGUACGGAGGUUCGGUGAACCCCCACGUGAAGAGAACUCCCCCAUUCCUACGCCGAACGUGGCCUCUGUUGUAGUUCCUCCUAUGUAUGCAGCUCUUUUGACGCCUCAAGGAAGGUUUUUGUAUGACUUGUUCUUAUAUAGGCCGCCCCGGCCGGAGGAGAAGCUGGACAGGACUGGGUCGGGUCCAGGUAAUGGGUCUGGUGGGUCGGUGGAGAUUUUAGCUGAUGUUGAUAACUCGAUCUCGGAUGGGUUGUUGGCGACUCUUAAGAAAUACCGGUUGAGGUCUAAAGUAGAUAUUGAUAAUGUGGCAGAAGACUUCAGUUGCUGGCAGAGGUACGGGCGUGACCUUUCUGGAAAAACCCCUACUGUCGAGGAACCAGAGGCGGAUUCCGUUGGUUGGGGUGGUGGUGUUGAUCGUGCUGACAUGUCAGCUUCACAUAGCAGUGAUGUUGGAUGGCAAUGGUUUAAGGAUCCCAGAUUAGGUUGUCUAGGUUUUAGGGGGAUUUUUCCGUCUGGUACAAUGCCGCCAUUAGUUGAGUCGGAUAAAGAAACAGAUGAGGAGAAUUACCUUAUGUGGAGAUUAGAGAAGGGAAUUGCUGAGGGCUCAACUGAAAUUCCCAAAGGGGAAGCGAUUCCACUCGAAUACAAUUUCGCAGGUCUAAACGCAAUCAGUUUCGAUAAAGGGUGCUAUGUGGGGCAAGAACUUAUAGCUCGUACACACCAUAGGGGGGUUAUUCGCAAGCGUUUGCUUCCUUUAAAAUUUCUCGAUAAUAACGGAAAAGAGGUGGAGGGGAAAGUUACCCCUGGUUCAGAGGUGAUCAACACUGCCUCUGGUAAGAAGCUAGGGAGUGUAACCACUGCACUUGGCUUUCGUGGAAUGGGUGUCUUGCGGCUUGACGAUGCAUUCAAAGACACAUUGACGAUACAGGGGCAAGAAGAUAUAAAGGUUAUGGCAAUUAGACCAGAUUGGUGGCCUGCAGAAUGGUUUCAAGAUCAACAACAUACUGCUGUUGCAUAGACCGAUCGUACAACUUGUUAAAACUUAUUUUACAACCGCUAACUUGUUUUCUCCUCACUAAAGAAAAUAAAAGCAAUAAGGGGAUGAUGUUCUCCAAGAGACAUGCUAUUAACCUUAAUGUCAACUAGCUUGGCUCGUUUUGCUGGCUCAAUGCUUGUGGAGGUACGAAUUAAAAUCUAUGUAUCAAAUUGUAUGAUUAGAAAGUUAUUUCUCCCAA